CUUUACAAUCUCCUAUCAUAAAAGAGUUAGUAGUCUAUGUACGAUAAAGGUACUUUUACACUUACCAAAGUUGUUUAAUAUCGGGGAGAAAUGUUUCAACGAUGCCAUGGAGUAAUCUAGAAAUCAAACAGACGAAAGUUAGGCCUAGAUCUUCAUGAGAAAUCAUGUCCGAAGGUUCAUAUAGAAGGAGCACGAGUCAAGAGAAGCCAGCCUUGUACUCCAUCUUGACAGGAGAAUGGAUGGAGUUAUCUGAUGCUGCCAGGCUUGGGAAGUCUCGACCUGUCACCGACUUUGAAAAGCUGAAUCGUGUGGGAGAAGGCACCUAUGGCAUCGUUUAUCGGGCCAGAGAUACUAGAAGUAACAGAAUUGUGGCAUUGAAGAAAAUGAGAAUGGAGAAAGAAAAAGAUGGCAUCCCAAUCAGUGGUUUGAGAGAGAUCAAUAUCCUGCUGAACCUACGACAUGAGAACAUUGUUGAGCUGAAGGAAGUGGUGGUCGGCAAGAGCCUUGACAGCAUCUUCCUUGUGAUGGAAUACUGUGAACAAGACCUGGCUUCACUACUGGACAAUAUGGCUGCCCCAUUCUCUGAAUCCCAGGUGAAGUGCAUCAUUAUUCAAGUGUUCAAGGCUUUGAGGUAUCUUCAUGAAAACUUCAUUAUUCACAGGGAUCUGAAAGUAUCCAAUCUACUGAUGACAGAUAAAGGAUGCCUCAAAGUUGCUGAUUUUGGUCUGGCAAGGAAACACAGCCUCCCUGUGAGACCCAUGACCCCCAGGGUUGUGACUCUGUGGUACCGAGGACCGGAGUUGCUGUUGGGGUCACAGAUUCACACAUCGGCUAUCGACAUGUGGUCUGCCGGGUGUAUAUUUGGGGAGUUGCUGGCCCACCGACCUCUACUUCCUGGGAGAUCAGAGAUCCAGCAGAUUGACCUCAUUGUGGAGAUGUUCGGUACACCCACAGACGCAAUCUGGCCUGGAUUUUCAGAAUUGCCAGCUUUGGAAAAUAUUACACUACGAAAACAACCGUACAACAAUCUGCGACACACAUUCCCCUGGCUGUCCGACUCUGGCAUCAGACUACUCAACUUUCUGUUCAUGUUUGACCCAGCCAAGAGGGCCACUGCCGAAGACUGCCUUGACAGCUCCUACUUCAAGGAACAACCACAUCCGUGCGACCCCGAGUUCAUGCCAUCCUUCCCCCAUCAUCGCCUCAAGAGGAAAACCACACAAGACGCAUCGAAGGAUGACCAGAAAACAAAAUCAGAUUCCUUCAAAGACUUUGGGAGCAGCUCUGGUCUAAAUUUGUCAGCAAAGAAGAAGCGAGUGUAGCAGAACAGGAAGAUGGAGUUGGACUCCUCAUGAUGUUGCCUUGAACAGACCAAGUCAUUUUGUAUCAUCCUCAUUUAAUGAUGUAAAUAAAUAUCAUCCACACAUUU